GCGGGGCGUCGGGAGAAAGCGACCUCUGACCCGUACUCGCGGCUACGUCGGACUGAAGCGCGGCGGAGGCGGCUGCCGGGCGCUGGGGGCUGCGCCGCAGGGAUGGAGCUGGAGACCCUGCCCAAAGAAGAUCUCAUCAAGUUCGCCAAGAAGCAGAUGAUGCUAUUACAGAAAGCUAAAUCAACGUGUACAGAAUUGGAAAAAGAAAUUGAUGAACUCAAAUCAAAACCUGUUGAUGGAGGAAGUGAUGAUAUUAUUAAGGCACUGACUGAGCGCCUGGACGCCAUUCUUCUGGAGAAAGCGGAGACUGAGCAGCAGUGUCUUUCUCUGAAAAAGGAAAAUGUUAAAAUGAAGCAGGAAGUUGAAGACUCUGUAACUAAAAUGGAAGAUGUACACAAGGACUUUGAACAGUCACGCAGAAACUAUGUGAAGGAAAUUGAAAAUUUGAAAAAUGAAUUGAUGACAGUACAUUCCAAACACAGUGAAGAUAAGGCUGGCUUACAAAAGGAGCUAGAAGAAGCAAUAAAUAAACAGGCAGAGCUUUCAGAACAACUUAAAUUUCAGAGUAGCGCUGAAAGUGAUGUUAAAAAACUGCAAGAAGAGAUCCAAAAAUUGAGGCCAGCCUUUGAGGAACAAAUUUCCUAUCUGCAAAAGCAGUUAGAAGCCACCACUGAUGAAAAGAAGCAAGCAGUGACCCACCUCCAAGCAGUCAUGGAGGCAAAUUCCCAGCAGUACCAAAGAGAGGUUAAUCGUUUGCAAGAAGAAGUGAAAGAACUGACACACCAGAUUGAAGCAUCAGCUAAAGAACAUGAAGCAGAAAUAGGUAAGUUAAACCAGCUGAAGGAGGACUUGGUGAAACAGUGUGAGGCCAGUGAGCAGACCAUUCACAAGAAAUACGAAUGUGAAUUGGAAAACCUAAGGAAAGCCACCUCGGGUGCAAACGCAGACCACCCAGGGGGUCCUGUCCUCUUCCAGGAAGAUACUUUUAUGGAACAAGUAGUAAAUGCAAAAACCAAAUACUUAGAGGAUUCCUUAAAAGAACUAGAAUCUCAAUAUAGUAUCUUAAAAGAUGAGGUAACUUAUAUGAAUAAUCUUAAAUUAAAACUUGAAAUGGAUGCCCAGCACAUAAAGGAUGAGUUUUUUCAUGAACGAGAAGACCUGGAAUUUAAAAUUAAUGAACUGUUACUAGCUAAAGAGGAGCAGGGCUGUGUAAUAGAAAAAUUAAAGUAUGAGCUAGAAGAUUUAAAUAAACAGUUUGGUUGUGCCGUAGAACAACAUAAAAAAGAAAUGCAGAGUCUCAAGGAACAGCAUCAAAAAGAAAUAUCAGAACUAAAUGAGACAUUUUUGUCAGGUUCAGAAAAAGAAAAAUUAGCACUACUGUUUGAAAUACAGGGUCUUAAGGAACAGUGUGAAAACCUUCAACAAGAAAAGCAAGAAGCAAUAUUAAAUUAUGAGAGUUUGCGUGAGAUUAUGGAAAUUUUACAGACAGAACUGGGAGAAUCUGCUGGAAAAAUAAGUCAAGAGUUUGAAUCAAUGAAGCAACAGCAAGCAUCUGAUGUUCAUGAACUUCAGCAGAAGCUUAGGACUGCAUUUAAUGAGAAAGAUGCUCUUCUUGAAACUGUGAAUCAUCUCCAGGGAGAAAAUGAAAAGUUACUAUCUAAACAAGAAUUAGUAUCUCAACUUGAAAAUACCGUAAAGAGCCUUCAAGAAAGGAAUGAAGUGUACUCACUCGGUCUCAGUCAAAGAGACAUGAUGUUACAAGAGUUAGAAGCCAGGAUACGUUCUCUUACAGAGGAAAAAGAGGGUUUCAUAAGUAAAAUUAAAAGUUCUCAUGAAGAGAUAGAUGGUCUGCACAGAAAGUGUGAAAGAGAGGAAAGCUUGGCCAAAGAACUUCGGGAGAAGGAAGCACAGACCGCCCAGCGCAGCAGUGCGCUCGAACGACAGGUAAAUGAAUUAACAGGAAAACUGGACGAGACUUUAAAAGAAAAGCAUGAAAAUGACCAAAAACUAGAAAAACUUACGGUUCAAAUGCAAGCUAUUUCUAAAGACCAAGAAGCAUUGUCAUCCAAAGUGAGGUCUCUUGAUGAGGAAAACAGUAGGCUGUGUUCUGAAAAGGACCAGUUGAGUAGGGAUGUGGAAGCUCUUCUGUCUCAAAAAGAAGAUUUUCCCCUAAACGAACACUUUAGUGAGUUAGAAAAGAAACUGCAGUUAACAGUUGAAGAGCGAGAUAACUUAAAUAAACUGUUUGAAAAUGAGCAAGUUCAGAAGUCACUUGUUAAAACUCAGCUGUAUGGUUUUCUUGAACAAAUGGGCUCCAGUGUUUCAGAAGAAGACGACGACAUCAGACUUGUCCUACAAGCUGUAGGUGAGUCCUUAGCAAAAGUAAAGGAAGAAAGCCAUAACUUGGCUUUGCAGUAUGUGGAAAGGGUGUUAGAACUAGAAAAAGAAGCAAAGUGCCUUCAAGAAAAGGCUGAUCAAUGUGAAGAACUGAAGUCCUUACUAAGAGACUUUGAGCAGGAGACAGUUCUCUUACGGCAGGAGUUAAAAGGAGUAUUGUCGGAAAAAGAGGCUUUGCAUUUAGAUCUUUUAGAAGCAAAGAACGCUAGUGAGAAAAUGAGGCUUGAAAAUCACAAUCUUUUAAUUCAAGUUGAGGAAGUAUCUCGUGUAUUACACGGCAGAACUGAAGUCCAUGAUGAAAAACCUAUACCAGAACAGGAAGACCUAAGGCCAUUACUGGAACAGAAAGAAGCUGAGUUGCAAGAUGUAAGAGCAGAGCUGUUGUCAUUAAAGGAUUCCUUAGAGAAAUCACCUGUAAAAAAUGAUCACCUUUCUUCAGUGAAAGAAAUGGAAGAGAAAAUAGGAAAUCUGGAAAAAGAAUCCAAAGAAAAGGAGGAGAAAAUAAGUAAGAUAAAACUAGUUGCUGUGAAAGCAAGGAAAGAGUUAGAUUCUAGCAGAAAAGAGGCGCAGACUCUAAAGGAAGAACUCGAGUCUGUUCGGGCAGAAAAGGAUCAGCUGUCUGCGUCGGUGAGAGACCUCCUUCAGGGAGCAGAGAGCUAUAAGAAUCUUUUAUUGGAAUAUGAUAAACAGUCAGAGCAGUUGGAUAUGGAAAAAGAACGUGCUGAUAAUUUUGAGCGUCACGUGGAAGAUCUUACAAAACAGUUAAGAAAUUCCACUUUUCAGUGUGAAAAAUUAAACUCCGAUAAUGAAGAUCUCCUGGCCCGUAUUGAGACACUUCAGUCCAAUGCCAAGCUCUUAGAAGUACAGAUUUUAGAGGUCCAGAGAGCCAAAGCAGUGGUGGACAAAGAACUAGAAGCUGAAAAACUUCAGAAAGAGCAGAAGCUAAAGGAAUAUGUCAGUACUAUAAAUGAGCUUGAAGAACUUCAACUGCAACUUCAAAAGGAAAAGAAACAGCGUCAGAAAACCAUGCAGGAACUCGAGCUGGUUAAAAAGGACGCCCAACAGACUACACUGAUGAACAUGGAAAUAGCAGACUAUGAGCGUUUGACAAAAGAAUUAAAUCAACAGUUAACUAAUAAAAACAGCAAGAUAGAAGAUUUGGAGCAAGAAAUAAAAAUUCAAAGACAGAAGCAAGAAACCCUACAAGAAGAAAUGACCUCGCUCCAGUCUUCCCUGCAGCAGCAUGAGGAGAAACACGCCGCGAUCAAGCAGCUGCUUGUGAGAACCAAGAAGGAGCUGGCAGACGCAAAGCAAGCGGAAACCGAGCAUCUCAUCCUUGAAGCAUCCUUAAAGGGUGAGCUGGAGGCAAGCCAGCAGCAAGGAGAAGUCUACAAAAUCCAGCUGGCCGAGGUGACUGCCGAGAAGCACAAGCUGCACGAGCACCUGAAGGCGUCCACCGAGCAGCACCAACGCGCACUCGGCGCCUUCCAGCAGCGGGUGGCCGCGCUGCAGGAGGAGAGCCGCGCGGCCAAGGCAGAACAAGCUGCUGUAACCUCAGAAUUCGAGAGCUACAAAGUCCGAGUCCACAAUGUCCUGAAACAACAGAAAAACAAAUCUUCGUCUCAGGCUGAAACUGAGGGAGGUAAACAAGAAAGGGAGCACCUGGAAAUGCUGGUUGACCAGCUGAAGAUCAAGCUUCAAGACAGCCAGAAUAACCUGCAGGCCAGCGUGUCGGAGCUGCAGGCACUGCAGUCAGAGCACGACAUCCUGCUGGAGAGGCACAACCGCACGCUGCAGGAGACCGUGGCGAAGGAGGCGGAGCUGCGAGAGAAGCUAUGCUCCAUCCAGUCCGAGAACUUGGCGAUGAAGUCUGAGAAUGCAAAGACAGUGGGUCAGCUGACAUCCCAGAGUGAGGUCCUCCGCACCAGCUUCCGAGAGCAGGUGCGGCACUUGCAGGACGAGCACCGGAAGACGGUGGAGACCCUGCAGCAGCAGCUCUCCAAGGUGGAAGCUCAGCUGUUCCAGCUCAAGAGUGAGCCAGCCACACGAACCACGGCUUCUUGCCAGCCUUUGAAGAACCUGCGAGAAAGGAGGACCGCCGACCUGCCCCUCCUGGACAUGCACGCGGUGACGCGGGAGGAGGGUGAGGGGAUGGAGACGGCGGACGCCGAGUCCGUGUCCUCCGCCAGCACCUGCGCGCCCUCCCUGGAGCAGCUGCUCAGCUCUCCUGAGACAAAGCUGGAACAUCUUGCAGAGCCUCCUUUGUGGCAUGCUGAGUUUACCAAAGAAGACUUGGUUCAGAAGCUCAGCUCCACCACAAAGAGUGCAGAGCACUUGAACGGGCUGCUUCGGGAGACAGAGGCAACCAACGCCAUCCUCAUGGAGCAAGUCAAGCUUCUCAAAAGCGAAAUAAGAAGAUUGGAAAGAAAUCAAGAGCGAGAGAAGUCUGUCGCCAACCUGGAAUACUUGAAGAAUGUCUUGCUGCAGUUCAUCUUCCUGAAACCUGGCAGCGAGCGGGAGAGGCUCCUCCCCGUCAUCGACACCAUGCUGCAGCUGAGCCCCGAGGAGAAGGGGCGGCUCACCACCGUGGCACAGGGUGAGGAAGAAAAUGCUUCCCGGUCCUCCGGAUGGGCCUCCUAUCUGCACAGUUGGUCCGGACUUCGGUAGAUCGAGGGGAGCUGGCUCCUCCUCAGCUGAACAGGACCAAUCUAGAGCCAGUUCGCGUGUGUUGCUGUCCUUCUGUGGAAGAGUGUGCCCGUGUCCUCUGUUCUGCGUGUGUGUCAGACAGGUUGAACAUCUCGGCCUGGAGCGAAAGCACGGCAGCUUCGCACCUGGGCCGUGGUGCGCUCCCUGGAAACGGCCGCUCUCCCCUCAGCCUCGGCACCUGUCGGCUCCAGGUGGCCCAUGGAUUUGGAAGUUAGUAAACUGCUGAGAAGACCUGAUGGCCACAGUGUGACAGAGUGGUUAACUGGGCAGGUGGACGUAGGGUUAUGAAGCUGAUACGUUGCGGCCCAUCGUGCAGCCAGCUGAAGUCUUCCCCUGAGGUGCCCUCUGCUGUCCAGGGUGAGGUGCGGCUGGUGUGACACUGCCUGGGGGUGGCCUCGCCUCUGCCUUCCCCCUUCCCUGCUCACGGUCUCCCAGGCUUACUCGGUGCCACUGCCUGCCAUCCCCACUCUGGCUGCGCCUCUGUCCACCUCCCAGGCCAGAGCUGCUCAGAGCAGCGCUGCUUGACUGGGCCUCAACUUUAGAAAGUGAUCGCGGAGGCCAGUGCUGCGUCCACGGGCUGGCCGUGUGAUGGGGAUGGGGGCGUUUCGGCUCACGUUGCUGCUGAGUAUGUUUUAUGGACAGGAUCAAAGCUGUGCUCUAAAUCAAAGUUGAGAAUUCUGUUUUUGCUCUUUAUGUGUAAGUUGCACGGUGUGCUCUCAGAAGUCCUCAGGCCUCGAAGGUCAUGCUGCGCUCAGGCUCUUCUGGAGAACUGGCUCCCAGGACACCAGUUUCCAGCUUAGUGUACUGGAAGUUUGCUGCUGACACGUUGAGUUUGUCCUUUGAAGGGUUCCCUCACUCACUUGCUUCUACUUCUGUCCUAUAAGAACAGACCUGACUGGGUGAAUGUAUUCAUGAAGAUGGAUCUAUUUCAGAGCUGACUUGAAAAGUCUAGAUUUUUACUUUAUAAGCUGUGAAUAUGAGCUUACAAUGUAUGCCAGUAGCAUACACUGUAACUGCAAUGAUAUUUAAAUAAAUUUCACUUUUUCUUUGAGCCUAUUCCUUUCAAAGUCUAUAUAAACUUAUUUUGAAAUAUAGUCUGUACUUAUGAAUGUAAUAAAAUAACUUGCAUGUAAAGACUUUGAUUACAGAAGGCAUAUUCUUUCAUGGCAAUGAGAUGUAAUGAUUAUUUUAAUAUUUCUAUUAAACAUGUUUAACUGUGUGUUACAUUA